GACAUUCUUCGAUUAAAUAAAUUUUAAAACAAAAAAAAAGGUGUGUAUGUAAAAUAUUAAAAUAAAAUAAAAAAGUGUUAAUGGUGAUACAUGAGUUGACUCAGGGCAGGCAAAUCUGAUGUACGGACCACCACACGCCUCCACCAUGAAUGAGACCUCCAUUACCAACGACCACCCCACUGCUCAUCUCGAUGACGAUGACGACGACGACGACGACGACGAUAACGAUAACGAUAACGAUAACGACGUCGUUCACUGCCCCAAUGCUCACGACAACCCCUCUUCUCGGAUCAGGUACGACCCCCCCAACGCUGCCCACUCACCCCACGCCCUCGCCGUCCUCGACACCGUCGCCUCUCACGCCCUCUAUGCGCCCGAUAUGCCCCCGCCCCAGGGCCCCUCCGCCGCCGGCGAUGGCGCCGCCGACCAGCUCACCCUUUCCUUUCAGGGCGAAGUUUAUGUUUUCGACUCAGUUUCCCCUGAAAGGGUUCAGGCAGUUUUGUUAUUGUUGGGUGGGUACGAUGUGCCCACCGGUAUUCCUACUCCGGGGAUGACACCUCAGAGCCACAGGAACUUGGCUGAUUAUCCUGGAAGGUCGAGUCAGCCUCAAAGGGCUGCCUCUUUGAACCGGUUUAGAGAGAAGAGGAAAGAACGUUGUUUUGAAAAGAAGAUCCGUUAUACAGUUCGCAAAGACGUUGCCUCCAGUUUGGACCAACUCAACCACUUAUUCGUAUCAAAAUGUCAUCUUUAUCCCAUGCAUAUGCCAUCUCCAGGAUGCAGCGCAAGAAAGGUCAGUUUACGUCAUCAAAAUCAAUGCUUGAGGAACCAGGAUCAUCAGAGUGGAAUGGAAAUUCUGGCCCGGAAGAGCAGGAAACCUCGUGUAUACAUUGUGGGAUCAGCUCAAAGUCCACCCCUAUGAUGCGACGUGGACCAGUUGGGCCAAGAACUUUGUGUAAUGCAUGUGGCCUCAAGUGGGCCAACAAGGUAUGUAUGUGUCAUUUGAAAACUGUAGGUUUUCCAUUUUUUGGCUAGAGUGACAAUGAGUGUCCCCAUUGUGAUUUCUGAUUGAGUUUUUCCAUUUUCUGAUUGUUCAAACUACACUUUGCAACACCUAAUAAGAGUUGGAAAUAUUAUUUUCUCGUAUGAAUGCAUAUGGCAUUUUAUAGCUUGGCAAUUAGCCAUCUUGCUUUCUUAAUGCCUGCAUUUCUUGGAAAUCACUUGAGACUGACUGACCAAAUAAAUCUGCACAAAAUUGUUGUCUGGUAAAAUUUACUGAUUUUGUAGUCAUUUUUGUCUUCCUGAGUUGGAUUCGAAUGUAUAUGUCAUUGUUUGCCUCUAGAAAUCUUUCCAUCUCCUUUUUGCCCGUCUCUUAAAUACAUAUGUGGUUUGGUUAAACAUUGAGUGCCUGUUUUGCAGGGAGUCUUGAGGGACCUGUCAAAACUUCCCAUUAUUAUGAAGGUUCAUUUCGACCCAUUGAACUGGCAUUUUGUUCUACUCUACUACCGACAGAAUAUACAUUAUACAAACAUAUAGCAUUUGGCUCCAAUACGAUCAAAAUCGUGGGGCUGGGCUAAAAGUUCCUUUCUUAUGCCUUGUUUUCGUUUCUCCUUGACAGCUCAACAGGGAAACAAAAUGCGAGGAUACCGGCAUGCACCCUUCUACCGCGAUCACAUCUUCCAGUGGCGACAACUAAUCUUAGAGCAUUGACAACAAAUAAGAAAGCCCAUUGCAUUUCAAAUUGUAAUCAAUUUGUCUGUGGUGGUAAGGUCGAGACGUCUAGUCACCUGUUAGAUACCUCUCAACUUGGGAUUGUACAUAUAACGGUGAGGUGGAUGUGCAUGCAAUGCUAAUCUGGAAUGUGUUAGGCGGCCUGAUUCGACAUUGAUUAUUCCUUGUGCUGGACAGAAAUGGAUGCUGCCUACCUCCAUUCUUUUUUCAGAUGUAAAUAUUCGUUUGGAGACAGAUCCAUCAUAAUUGAAUUAUUGUCUUCAGUAGUAAUCUCAUCAAUAUGCAUAGAAGUGGUGGAAUUAAAGCUUGUUUGAAAGAGGAUUGGGAAAUAUUUGCUCAUUUAUCUAAACCGUUGGAAACGGUGUGUUGUUUUUGUAA